UGCAGCAACAGGCAAUGGCGGCUCAGUGGGUGGCACCAUGAUGAGAGGCUCCCGAUCGAAGGCGGAGCUGCAGGACCUGAUGGAGACUCUGCAACGCCGGAAGAGUGCUCUAGAGGCUAGCCUGAGGGCCAGCGCAGAAUCUACCCGCACCUACCUCAGCCUGCCUCCUCCCAGCCCUGUGUCCCCCACUGCCCACAGGAGCUCCGAGCGCCCCCUCUCCUCCAGAGGCCUCCCCUACAUGACCAGCAGUAGCAUGCCCCCCUCCCCUCGCCAGGGUGAGCGUCCUCUCAGCCCCAAACUGCCAUACACCCGCUCACGCCACCAAUCACAGGACAGCCUGCUCCUCUCUAGCUCCUCUGACAGUCAUCGCCCAAAAGUAGCCAGUUCUCUCCUGUCCAUGUGGAAUGGUUCCUCUUCCUAUGGGGAGCCUGCACCCAGUCCUCCUCAGGGCCACAGUGGGGCGGCCAGCAUGCCCUCCAGCCCUCGUCUAGGCCGCAGGUUCUAUGCCCAGGGCCGGAACGGGGACAAUGGUAUGGACCCUGCACCACGUCAGAGGAAGUACUCUACAGGGUCACUCAACGGCCUGGGCUCUACCCACAGCCGCUCUCUACCCCGCCUCCACCGGUCGGCAGACUCCGCAGCCCUGUCCCUGCCCCCACGCCGCUCCAUGGGCUCCCACAGAGGGGAGAAGGGUUCUGUGCCCAUGUCCUCCAAAACGAGGCGCAGCCUGUCUCCUCUGGAGCGGCCGCCAGACGUAACAGUGCUAGCAACGGCCAGCGUACCGGGUACUCCCCGCAGGGCUAGCCUGGCCUCUCUGGCCUCUCUGGGCUGUGAACUGGAGCAUGGGGGCCUGCGGGGCUCCUCACCCUGCCUGGACCUGGGCCUGGGGGAGAGGAGGCAGUCCUUUGGGAAGGGUGGGCUGGGGCUGAGAUCAAGAAGAGGCAGCAUCAGCUCUCUGAAUGGGAAGGAGGAGCUUACAGACUACCACAAGCACCAGAGAGACGAGAGGCUCAGAGAACAGGAGGUGCAGAGACUGGAGCACCAGCGGCUGGAGACCAUCCUGAGCCUGUGUACUGAGCUGGGCCGGGAACAGGGCGGGUCGGCCGUCUCCGACCUGCAGAAGAUCAACAAGGAGCUGGAGAAGCUGCAGGAGUCUGAUGAUGAGUCAGUGUUCUCCGACUCCCCCGGCAGUGGCACCGCUCGGGAAAACGGCUUUGGCACCAAAGCCCGGGAGUACCAGCUGGCUGAGGAGCGGCGGGUCCGCCAGCGCCGCCACAGCGGGCACAGAGAGGCCAGGGAUGCCAGGGCCCAGUCACCUGCUGUCAGCCUGCGCAGCAUUGUCCCCUCACCCUCCCCUCACCACAGAGCCAGGCAGCAGGCUACGGAGGAUGUGCAUCUGAAACAGGAAGUGACGCGUAUCGAGGAAGAGAGGAUCCAGGUGCUGAACAACAUAGAAGAGUUGGAGCAGAAGAUCAAAGACCUGGACAACCAGAUGGAGGAAUCCAUCAGAGAGAUGGAGGUGGAGCGGGCUCUGCUGGAGGGGGAGCAGGACUCUGAGAUGGCCCUGCUACAUAGGGAGAAGGAGGUACUGGACCAACUCAAUGAGAAGAUUAGCAGCAUUGACAAGACUGUCCUCACAGACAAGUCCCAGGAUGUUGAGGUGCUGGAGGCGGAGAGGAAGCGUUUUGAGGACCUGGAGUUCCAGCAGCUGGAAAGAGAGAGUGGUCAGGACGAGGGGAAGGAGGGUCAGACCCAGCAACUACUCCGAGAGAUAGCAGAUUACCAGCGUAGUACUGUCACACGCAAGGAGAGACUCCUGACCCUGAAGAAGCAGUCUACACAGAUUACUCAGCAGUCUCAGCGAGAGAAGGACAGCUUCCUGAAAGAGAAGAACAACCUGCUCCUGAUGCUUCAGAGGGAGAGGGAGAACCUGGCUUCUCUGGAGAGGAAGUAUGCUGAACUGACUGGAGGGCAYACCUUCCCUAACAACCCUGUUGCUAUGAAGGAGCACUUUCGCUUUCUAGAGGAGAGGAGGCGGGGCAGUAAGGAGAACUCCUCCCACCUCAGUGACACUCUGCCCCGUAAGAGGAGCCAGCAGGCCCUCAGUCACUACAGCAGCUCUACCCUGGGCCGUAGCCUCUCCCCUAAGUCCCACCUGCCCCUGUCCCAGAGCUCCAGCUGUGGUAGUAUCAUCCCCCGGGGCUUCUCUAUCUCUCCCAGAGUUCUGGAAACUCGACGCCUGCUCAAGGGCCAUAGCCACCUGUACAUGAGUGAGAACAGACAGAGACUGGUUGACCUGUGUAGCAGGACCGUGUCUGAGUCCAAUGUCUUCCUGGACCCCUUCCACUACGCAGACAAUGGCCAUGGCUUUGACACGCUCAGUAUGGACAGCUCUGACAGCAUGGAGACCAGCAUCUCUGCCUGCUCCCCAGGACCACUCCACAGUGCCAGCAGAUCCAACGUAGGAAAGAUUAAGGAGAUGGAACGUUUGUUACGAGAAGCCCAGGCUGACAAGCAUCGACUCCUUGAGCACAAGGAGCGUGAGAUGGAGGUGCGUAGGCAGGCCCUGGAGGAGGAGCGGAGGAGGAGGGAGGACCUGGAGAAGAGACUGCAGGAGGAGACCAGCAGGAGGCAGAAAAUGAUCGAGAGGGAGGUGAAGUUACGCGAGAAACAGAGGGCACAGGCCCGGCCGCUGACACGCUACCUCCCUCAGAGGAAGGAUGACUUUGACCUCCAUGGUCACAUCGAGGCAGCUGGACACAACCCAGACAACUGCUACCACCUGGCCAUCACAAAUAAAACCUGCAGAGGGUUCCUGGUCAAGAUGGGUGGUAAGAUCAAGACCUGGAAAAAACGCUGGUUUGUCUUUGACCGGAACCGCAAGACCCUGGCCUACUACGCAGACAAACAUGAGGUCAAGAUGAAAGGGGUCAUAUACUUCCAAGCUAUAGAAGAGGUUUACUAUGACCAUUUAAAGAAUGCACACAAGAGCCCCAACCCAUGUCUGACGUUUAGUGUGAAGACCCAUGACAGGGUGUACUACAUGGUGUCUCCCUCCCCUGAGGCUAUGCGCAUCUGGAUGGACGUCAUCGUUACAGGGGCGGAGGGAUACAUGCAAUUCAUGGUCUAAACCAGUGGCGGCUGGUGAUUGGCUGAAUGCCCGGGGCGCGAGGUGGUUGGAAUUGUCAACAAAGCAGCAUGACAUAUGAUGCCAAGUUUUCGAGCUACUGGUAGUUUCUUUGAGAAGAUAUAUAAAGCGAUCUGUGCAUUUGAACAACAGCAUAAAUGACCACUGCUGCACAUGCUGCCACUGUUUUGAACAGAUUAGAUUAUACUAUUUAGAAUGAGAAGCAGGUCAUGAACGAACGGGAACGUAACAAGCAUGCAGAUGCAGUAAGUGAAAACACAUUAUCUAACUGGUGUAAUAUAGCUAAUAUACUGUCACAAAGCAUGAUGCGCUAGCCACUUCAUUCUGAAUAUUUUCCAUAUUUCCGAGUUAGAUAUUAGUUUAGAAAGACUUGUAAUUGGCAUGGGAGCUAACUACCUAGCAAGUUACCAGAUAGCUAUAACUAGCUAGCUGCUUGUCAAAGGUAGAUAACUGGUUAAUUUUACAAAACAAUCUCCUAAACUAUUUCUCAAUGUUUAUAAAAAUGACUAUCUGGCUUAA